GCGGCGGCCCAAAAGCGAAGGGAAGGAGGCUGGGAGCCCGAGAGCCGAAGCCGGAGUCGCAGCGGCGGAGACCCCUGUGCGGCGCGGAGGGGGCGGCGGCCCCGACUCUGACGCGCGCCAGGGGGGGGUGUGUGGGCCAUGGCGGAGAUCAGCGACCUGGACCGGCAGAUCGAGCAACUGCGACGCUGCGAGCUCAUCAAAGAGAGCGAAGUCAAGGCCCUGUGCGCCAAGGCCAGAGAGAUCUUGGUAGAGGAGAGCAACGUGCAGAGGGUGGACUCGCCGGUCACCGUGUGUGGUGACAUUCAUGGACAAUUCUAUGACCUCAAGGAGCUGUUCAGAGUGGGUGGCGAUGUCCCCGAGACCAACUACCUCUUCAUGGGGGACUUUGUGGACCGUGGGUUCUACAGCGUCGAGACGUUCCUCCUGCUGCUCGCACUGAAGGUUCGCUAUCCUGACCGCAUCACUCUGAUCCGGGGCAACCACGAGAGCCGGCAGAUCACCCAGGUCUACGGCUUCUACGAUGAGUGCCUGCGCAAGUACGGCUCGGUGACCGUGUGGCGCUACUGCACCGAGAUCUUCGACUACCUCAGCCUGUCGGCCAUCAUCGACGGCAAGAUCUUCUGCGUGCACGGGGGCCUCUCCCCCUCCAUCCAGACGCUGGACCAGAUCAGGACGAUUGACCGGAAGCAAGAGGUGCCGCACGACGGCCCCAUGUGCGACCUCCUCUGGUCGGAUCCCGAAGACACGACAGGCUGGGGCGUGAGUCCCCGCGGGGCCGGCUACCUUUUUGGCAGUGAUGUGGUGGCUCAGUUCAACGCGGCCAACGACAUUGACAUGAUCUGCCGCGCCCACCAACUGGUGAUGGAGGGUUACAAGUGGCAUUUCAACGAGACGGUGCUCACCGUGUGGUCGGCGCCCAACUACUGCUACCGCUGUGGGAACGUGGCAGCCAUCCUGGAGCUGGACGAGCAUCUGCAGAAGGACUUCAUCAUCUUCGAGGCCGCUCCCCAGGAGACCCGGGGCAUCCCCUCCAAGAAGCCCGUGGCCGACUACUUCCUGUGACCCCGGCCCGCGGACCACUGUGACUCUGCCCUCUUCCCCAGGUGGAGGCUGGGCAAGGGGGGGCGCCCAGCUCUGCUCCCCCCACCCCGAGGGCGCUCGGAGGGUGAGGACUUCGUGGAGAGGUUGGAGCCUAGCGCCACGCUCCCUCUCUUCUCCCCACUUGAACCAUGAAGUUUCCAGUAAUUUUUUUGUUUUCUUUUUUUCCUUUUUUUUUUUUUUUGGUUGGUUUUUAGAUAAACGUUUUGAGGAAAAAAAAAAGAAAAAAAUUCUAAUAAAAGAGGAAAAAUGG